AAGCGAACAGCUGCUGCCUUCACUGACGGAGAGUUUCCGGGUUUGCUCCGGUUCCUUCUUUGAUUUGAACCCGGCGGUCUGUGACGUUGAUCAGGUCGCUCACCUGACGCACCUGCUGCCAGAGGACAGGUAAGGCGGCGGCCAUGAUCCCGCUGUGAGGCAGCAGGUGGACAUGGGGAAGGGCUGUAAGGUGGUGGUGUGCGGCCAGGCGGCGGUGGGGAAGACAGCCAUCCUGGAGCAGCUGCUCUAUGGGAACCACUGUGUAGGCUCAGAGUCCAGUGAGACCCAGGAGGACGUGUACGUGGCCUCGGUGGAAACGGACCGAGGCGUGAAGGAGCAGCUGAGGCUUUAUGACACCAAAGGACUGCAGGACAGCCAGGACCUGCCCAAGCACUACUACUCUGUGGCAGACGGCUUCGUUCUGGUCUACAGCGUGGACAGCCUGGAGUCCUUCCAGAGGGUGGACGUCCUGAAGAAGGAGAUCGACAGGUCCAGGGACAAGAAGGAGGUGAUGCAGGCCCCUGCUCCUCAGUAGUGGUGACCUCCAGAACCUUCCUCAUUGGGUCAGAUGACUGCGGCCCGGCAGACGGCUCAGGGAGGAGGUUCUGGUUGGAGGAAGUUAGGCUCUAAAACAUGAUUACUG